GACGCGUUGAGAGGUUCAUUAGUGGAAGCCUAAAACAAGUGACGCAUCUUAUUGGGAAUGUUUUAGCAUUAUACACCGAACUUCAUAGUUUGCCUUUUAAGCCUCCUAGAGAGAAUAAUAUUACUAGUAGUAUUAGUAGUCUUCCUCCUCGGAGUUCGGAGUUUCCGUCGUGGAUGACCGAGGGUGAUGAGAUGCUGAUGAAGGCGCAUCCGCAGCGCAUGCACGUGGAUGCGAUCGUGGCGGCAGAUGGGAGCGGGGAGUACCGGACGAUAACGGAGGCAGUGAAUGCGGCGCCGAGCUAUAGCAAUAGGAGGUACGUGAUAUACGUGAAGAAGGGGGUUUAUAGGGAGAAUAUUGACAUGAAGAGGAAGAAGACAAAUAUAAUGUUUGUUGGGGAUGGAAUUGGAAAGACUGUGGUCACGGGUGAUCGGAACUUCAUGCAGGGUUCGACUACCUUCAGAACUGCAACCGUUGGUGAGUCACAUAUAUAUAAUUAA